CGUCAGGAAGGAACGCAGGGGCUCUCACUUAAUCCGAUUUCCUGAAAGAAUAUGAUACCUAGCAAGCUAAACACACAAAUAGCGAAAGUGUAACUUGGACGGAUGAUAACCGAGUGAAAAAGAUGGAGCACAUAAUUACGCCAAAGGUGGAAGAUGUGAAACUACAAAAUAGAUAUACAGAAAAGAAAUCUACUCUGGGAACUCUGUAUCUGACCGCUACUCACCUUAUCUAUGUGGAACAAACCAACAACGCACGCAAAGAAACAUGGGUGUUACAUCAUCACAUCUCGUCUGUGGAAAAGCAUCCAUUAACCACAUCAGGUUGUCCGCUCCUGAUCCACUGCAAAACCUUCCAGGAGCUUCACCUGCUGUUUCAAAGAGAGCGAGAUUGCCAGGACAUCUACCAGUCACUGCUGCGUCUGUCUCAACCAGUCAGAGCGGAAGAGCUGUAUGCGUUCCUCUAUAAUCCACAUCAAAAUGAGGACGACAGGAGGUGUGGCUGGGAACUCAUUGAUGUAUCAAAUGACUUCCGUAGAAUGGGUCUUUCCAAUGAACACUGGGAAAUCAGCCACCUCAACAAGAACUAUGAGAUCUGUAGCACUUAUCCGUCUGUCCUAGGACUCCCCAAAAAUGCCAGUGUUGCCACAGUAACAGGCAGUGCCAAGUUUAGGAGCCGCGGCCGACUGCCUGUCCUGUCUUACUAUCACAAGGAUAUGAAGGCUGCGAUCUGUCGCUGCAGUCAGCCUUUGUCUGGUCUGAACUCUCGCUGCAUGGAAGACGAGCAGAUGCUUGAGGCCAUCAGCCAGGCGAACCCCAACUGCCCUUUUAUAUACGUAGUGGACACGCGCCCUAAGUUGAAUGCAAUGGCAAACCGCGCGGCUGGAAAAGGCUACGAGAAUGAGGACAACUAUUCCAAUAUCAGGUUCCAGUUUCAAGGGAUUGAAAACAUCCACGUCAUGAGAAACAGCCUGCAAAAGCUGCUGGAGGUGUGUUCUAUGAAGUCCCCAUCAAUGAGUGACCAUCUGACAGGGCUGGAGAGCUCCGGCUGGCUGAGGCACAUCAAAUCUGUGAUGGAUGCCGGUGUGUUCCUCGCAAAGGUUGUCUGUGAUGAGAAAGCGAGUGUGUUAGUACAUUGUUCAGAUGGUUGGGACAGGACGGCUCAGGUGUGCUCUUUGGCUUGCAUACUGCUGGACCCCUACUACAGAACCCUGAAAGGGCUCAUGGUUCUGAUUGAAAAAGAAUGGAUCUCCUUUGGUCAUAAAUUCAGUCAAAGGUGUGGCCAUCUGGAAAGCGACCCGAAGGAAGUGUCUCCUGUCUUUACCCAGUUCCUAGAGUGCGUGUGGCAGCUUUCAGAGCAGUUUCCCUGUGCGUUCGAGUUUAACGAACGUUACCUCUUAGAAAUCCACAACCAAGUCUAUGGCUGCCAGUAUGGAAACUUCAUCGGCAACUGUCAGAAAGAAAGACAGGAGAUGAGGUUGCGCGAGAAGACGUUUUCCUUGUGGCCUCAUCUUUUGGAAAACCCUCAUCAGUAUCGGAACCCAUUGUACCGGCGUUCAUUAAAGAGCACAGUGCUCAGACCCAGCACUUUACCCCUUCACUUCAAGUUCUGGUGUGGGAUGUAUAAUCACUAUGACAAAGGCAUGCACCCAAAACAGUCUGUUGUAGACCAGCUGCUGUCCCUCAUGCAGAGGCAGGUGGAUGGAGAGAAAACCAUGACUGAUCUACAGAGGCAGCUGGCAGUUGCCGACGGAGUUCUCCCUGAUCUGUCUGGACCAAUCAACGCAUCUUCAAAUCAGGACAGUCUGAGUGAGAAGACACCUACUGCUACUGUUGUCCAAUCAAAUGGAAGCUGCAUCCCUUUGAAUAACGGUGCUGCAAAGGAGGCGGGGAUGGAUUCAAAACAGUACAAUGGGGAAGAAGGGGAGGAGCCAGCUGACAACCAGCACGGUGUGACCUCCUCAAAGGAAAAACCUGUUUCUGUGGAAACAGAGCAUUCCAAGGAGGAGGUUCAAGAAUCCUCUUGAGUCUCCAUAGUUACAGAACAGACAUUUUGACUGAAACCCCAAAGAACAAAUGUCCAGAGUAUUAAAAAGAUAUGGACAGUGCCGUUACCAUGGAGAUCUCUACACACUCCAACAACACAACAAAACAUCCCUGAAGCUGUUCGUGAUUCUGUCGUAUUGUGUAUUAGUUUUAUAGCACUUGACAGAUUGUUUGUACCUGUGAUGUUUGUUCACUGAACGUUACUCAAAUGCUCUAUGAGUUUUCUAGUGUGUGAGUUGGUCUUCAAAAACAUCAUGAGCCAUAUGCUUUGAACAAAAACUGGUUUGGCUAGAAAUAACCUUACAUGUGAUCUUGUUUAAAUGCCAUUAUGAUCAAACACGAUGUUGGACUAUUGUGCGGUAGACGUUUUAAUGUAUUUUAUAUUUACGCUUGAUUUAAAAAUGAUUGCGUACAGCACAUCGAGCCAUACAAACUAUUUACUUGUACAACGCAAAAAUGAAUCUGAUUGAUUCAGACACACCGCGGCUGUUGUGAGAUUUAGUUUGAUAAAGGGAACACAAGAUAUAGAUUCAAUUGAUUAUACGUUUUUGCACAAAUUGAUUUUGUGAGGUGUCCUGCACUUCACGUUGCCCUUUUAUGCUUAAAAAGGCACAAAACUGAAAGGUUUUUUUGAGAGUUUGGAGAAAAGGGAAAUGACGGGUGAAUGCAAUAAGCUUUUGCAUUGUUUACACCUACAAUGUAGUUUAAAUGCCAAUCAAAGGAUCCAAAGCUCAGAAAUUUGUCUGAUGGCAGGCUCAUCACAUUUUGGACAAUCAUUUUGAAUACAUUGCAUGUAUAUUUUUGCAAAACAACAUUUUUAAGUAUGUCUACUUAUGAUAUUGAUUUCAAAGCUUUUGUUCUAAAUCCCUGACUGCUGUGGAGCAAGCUCAGGCUAUAGAAAUCAUUUUAAUUCUGUCUUAGCUGAGAAAUCAAUAUUUUUUCCUUUAUAGAGAAUUUUGUUUGUUCAGGUCAUGGUUUGUUUACAUUUUUUUACUGAUUAAAUGCAAAGCAAUAGCAGGAUGGCAAUAGCUAAAAAUAAUACAAAAUUAUAAGCCAAGGGAAAUGUGUUACCACUGAUAUAUAAGAGCUGUAUGACAAUCUGUGGUAACAUCUGUCGUUUUUAAAGUUUAACCAAACAAAGACUGUUGCUCUGUGUAAUGACUGUUGAUGUCAAAUCAUUUUGUACACGCUUGUUUUGAUCAUUGCACUUUUUAUACAUGUUUGGUGUGCACCAUUGAAUCAAAAUGGAUGUUUUCUUUAAAUAAAUACACCUUUUCUACACUGUGCAUUA